AUGUCUGCAAUCUUGAAAUCUAAGUUGAAAGUUGCUUUAAUCCAGUUGGCAGGUUCUGCCCCGGAUAAGAAUGCUAACCUAACUAGGGCUGCUACUUUCGUAGCAAAGGCCAUGAAAGAGCAGCCUGACACGAAGCUUGUUGUAUUGCCAGAGUGUUUUAACUCCCCAUAUGCAGUUGAUAAGUUUAGAGAGUAUGCCGAAGUGAUAACUCCGGAGGCCCCAUCUGUGAAGGCCUUGUCUGAGAUUGCGCGUCAAUGGAAGAUCAUCUUGGUUGGGGGUUCUAUUCCGGAACUAGAACCCACUUCUGACAAAUUAUACAACACUUCUAUCAUUUUCAAUGAAAAGGGUGAACUAAUUGGUACGCAUAGAAAGGCGCAUCUAUUCGACGUUGAUAUUCCAAAUGGAAUUACAUUUAAGGAAUCGACUACAUUGUCCGCGGGAAAUAAGAAUACGUUAAUCGAUGAGCCAAGCAUCGGUAAGUUUGGUGUUGGUAUCUGCUACGAUUUGAGAUUCCCUGAACUAGCUAUGGUCAAUGCUAGAAAGGGUGCAUUUGCUAUGAUUUACCCAAGUGCAUUCAACACAGUUACAGGACCCAUGCAUUGGCACUUGUUAGCAAGAUCUCGUAGUAUUGACAACGAGAUUUACACUCUUUUGUGCUCUCCAGCUAGGAACUUGAACUCAAGCUACCAUGCUUAUGGGCACAGUUUAGUUGUAAACCCAAAAGGUGAAGUCAUUGCAGAAGCCGGAGAAGGUGAAGAAAUCAUUUAUGCUGAGUUAGACCCCGAAUUCAUCAAAGAGGUCAGACAAGCAAUUCCAGUCACAUUCCAAAGGAGAUUUGAUAUCUAUGGAGAUGUUAGCAAAUUCGAAGUAUGA